GUGAGGUUCGCGCUGCGCCUGGCCGCCCGCGCCAGGCUUGCUGGGCAUCACGGCGACCGUGGGCGCGGCCCUGGCAUGGCCCAGCAGCAGCCUCGGCAGAGCGCGGCCUCGGCUCAGCAGCCGAACUGGGCGUGCGCCGCAUCGAGGCUGUGCGGGUUCCGCACUAACUUCGCCUCCCGUGAGACGUGCUGGAAGUGUGGCAGGGACCGUCUCGGGCGCAUGGUCCGCGAGUCGCCCGCUUCCUCGGAGCAGGGCGCGAGGCAGGGGCUGGCUGCUCUGCAGAAGCUCGGCUACGCGGACGAGCACCCGCUCAUCCUGGCCGCUCGACAGGAGCUCGCCUCCCUGGAGGCAGAGGAGCGCCGAGCUCAGCCCCCCGAGCAGCUCCUGGUCUCUCUCCAGAAGCGCAUGGAGGAGGCACUCGCUCGGGCCUCCCAGGUUGCGGACAACCUCGUGGAGGCUCUGGCGAAGGUCGACGACCUCCGCAGGCAGCAGGUCGUGGCCGACGCGGAGGUCAAGAACCUGGAGACCGAGGUUCAGGCUGCUCAGCGCGCCGUGGCGGCCUCAGCGGCGAGCUCCAGCGGCGUGGACUUGGCAGCCCUUGCCUCCACGCUGGUCGGCCUCCAGGCCGCACUCGCCAGCGCCCCCGCGCGCGUCGCCAGUGGGCAGGGCAUCAACGUCUUGGAGGCGAUUGGGCAGCAG